AUGGCAGCUCUUACGGACGAGCAAAUUCGUGAGGCAUUCAACCUCUUCGAUGCCGACGGCUCUGGCGCCAUUGAUGCAGAGGAGAUGGCCCUGGCAAUGAAGGGACUCGGGUUUGGCGACCUGCCGCGCGACGAGGUGGAGCGGAUGAUCCGCACGAUGUCCACGGACUCCAAGGGCCUGAUUGGGUACAGCGAGUUUGAGCGUGUGGUGAAGUCACGCAUGGCGAAGAAGGACUCACCGGAGGAGAUACUGAAGGCAUUUCAGCUGUUUGACCUCGACAAGAAGGGAAAGAUUUCGUUUGCCAACCUGAAGGAGGUGGCCAAACUGCUGGGAGAGAACCCUGGCGACGAC